AUGGCAAUGGAUAACCGUCGUCGCUCUUCUUUCUCAAGCUUCAAAUCAUACAUCAAUGCGCUCCGCACUACACCAAGCCGGCUCGCCCGUCGAGCCGGCUCGGUGUUCACCACCUUUGAAGAAACAAGCCAUGUAGUAGUGCAGGGUGGUGGUAACAUGAGAAAAACUCUCCGAUGGUAUGAUCUAAUCUGCUUUGGCGUCGGAGGAAUGGUCGGGGCCGGCGUAUUUGUCACCACUGGCACCGCUAGUCAUGAAAAAGCUGGCCCUUCCGUCAUUCUUUCUUACGCCAUUGCCGGAUUUUGCGCCUUGCUUUCUGCUUUCUGUUAUACCGAGUUUGCUGUUCACAUGCCUGUUGCUGGCGGUGCCUUUAGUUAUAUCCGCGUUACUUUCGGGGAGUUUAUGGCAUUUUUAACCGGAGCGAAUUUAAUCAUGGAUUAUGUAUUUUCAAAUGCGGCCGUGGCAAGAAGCUUGACUAUUUAUCUAAAAACAGCCAUUGGUAUUUCUGCGGAAACCAAAUGGAGAAUAACGAUAUCCUCAUUGCCUAAAGGAUUCAAUCAAAUCGAUUUCAUUGCGGUUUUCGUGAUAAUAAUCCUAACCAUCAUCAUAUGUUACAGCACGCGAGAAAGCUCGGUAGUGAAUAUGGUAUUAACAACACUUCACAUUCUAUUCAUAUUGUUUGUGGUCAUAAUGGGAUUUUGGAAAGGUGAUGUGAAGAAUUUUCAUGAACCAUCUGACCCGAAUCGGGCGGGCGGGUUCUUUCCAUUUGGUGCACCGGGGGUGUUUAAUGGUGCUACAUUGGUUUAUUUAAGUUACAUUGGAUAUGACGCCGUUUCGACUUUGGCUGAAGAGGUUAAAAACCCGGUUAAGGAUAUCCCUGUUGGAGUUACCGGAUCGGUUUUAUUGGUUACUAUUCUUUACUGUUUGAUGGCUACUUCAAUGUCCAUGCUACUUCCUUAUGAUCUGAUAAACCCGGAAGCCCCAUUUUCAGGGGCGUUUACAAAUAAUGGAUCAUGGAAUUGGGUGUCUAAUGUGAUAGGUGUUGGGGCCAGUUUCGGGAUCCUAACAUCGUUAUUAGUAGCAAUGUUGGGACAGGCCCGUUACCUAUGUGUCAUUGGGCGGUCCAGUAUCGUCCCUCUCUGGUUUGCCAAGGUCCAUCCAAAAACAUCAACCCCUGUCAAUGCUUCUGUUUUUCUUGGGAUUUUUACAGCAACGAUUGCCCUUUUCAUCGAGCUAGAUGUGCUUCUCAACCUUGUCUCCAUUGGCACACUAUUCGUCUUCUAUAUGGUUGCGAAUGCGGUCAUCUACAGGCGUUACGUCUCAGUAGAGACCAAGAGCCCAUGGCCCACAUUAUCCUUCCUGUUGUCGUUUUCGUGCACUUGUGUCAUUUUCACCUUACUAUGGUGGUUGGUGCCAUCUGGCAAGCCUAAGGCCUAUGCGCUUGGUGCUUGCUCCAUGGUCGCCAUUGGAUUAGCGACUUUGUUUAAUUAUGUGGUUCCUCAAGGAAGAAAACCCGACCUUUGGGGGGUCCCAUUGAUGCCAUGGAUACCAUGUGUCUCAAUCUUCUUGAAUAUAUUCUUGUUAGGUAAUCUUGAUGGACCUUCUUAUGCACGGUUUGGCUUCUUUUCGGCUCUUGCAAUUCUUGUAUAUGUUGUUUAUAGUGUUCAUGCUAGCUUUGAUGCCGAGGAAGAAGGGCUUCUAAGCCAAAAGAACGAUGAAAACAUGGUCGAAUAUGUUGAUCUUGAAGGCCGCACCCCCAAGUAG